AUGUACACUCUCAACAUCAUGCGUCGAAUACCCAAACGUGGCCUUUGCUAUGUAGAGCCCAAGGAUGGGAACGACAACAACUUCUGGUCGUCCGGCGACCUGACCUGGUACUACAAUUACCUCUCCACACCGACCGCCGCGCUACAGAAAACGAAUCUUCAAUUCGUCCCGAUGCUAUGGGGCGCUCAGAUCGGCAACACGGACAUGUCCUUCUACAACUCGGUCAAGCAGCAGAUCCAGGGCGGCGCGAAGAUUCCGUAUGUUCUGGGAUUCAAUGAGCCGGAUGGAUGCGCAAAUGGCGGUUCCUGUGUGGAUGCGCAGACCGCGGCGGAGACGUGGAUUCGGCAGAUGGAGCCGCUGAAGAAAGAGUUCAAUAUCUCGCUAGGUGCGCCGGCGGUGACGAGUGCGCCCACGGGGUUCAACUGGUUGCGGAAUUUCUUCGACCAAUGUGCAGGAAGGUGUAAUCCGGAUUUUAUUCCGGUUCAUUAUUACGGCAGCUUUGAGGGUCUGGCUUCACACAUGGGGCAGGUCAACGCGACGUAUCCGAACAUGACCAUGUGGAUAACUGAGUUCGCGGACCCGGGCGUGACAUUGCAACAAAGUCAAACCUUUUACAACCAAUCCGUGGAAUACUUCGAACGGCAGCCAUACCUAACACAUUACGCCUGGUUUGGAGCAUUCCGGUCAUCCGUUUCCAACGUCGGACCCAACGCGGCUUUUUUGACGGGCAACGGCCAAUUGACGGACAUUGGUGCCUGGUAUCUCGGCCGACGAGCGACGGGCAAUGUUCCGACAACCAACGGGGCUACAAGACAUAGCUCCGCAUUCGUCGGAUCCAUCGGUGUGGUCCUCGCCGCGGCUCUGUAUGGUCUGGCGUGA